GUACAUAGUCAAGCGCUGAAGAGACGUUGAUGUCAGAAAGCACCAAAGUUCAAGAAAUGGCUUCGAAAAGAUUAGGAAAUAUUAAAGCUGAAAAUGCCAUCUUUUUUAUGUGUGACAUACAGGAAAGAUUUAAACCAUCUAUCAAGUAUUUUAAAGAGAUUGUAGAAAUCGCCGAAAAAUUGGUUGAAGCCACAACAAUUCUUGACAUCCCCCUGGUUGUUACAGAACAGUACCCAAAAGGGCUUGGAGAAACAGUAAGUGAACUUAAGGAGAAAUUGAAAGAAGACCAGAAGCGCUACAGUAAGACAAAAUUCACAAUGCUGGUACCGGAAGUCAUCUCUCAGUUGGAAGCAAACAAUAACAUCAAGCAUAUUGUGCUGUUUGGAAUAGAGACACAUGUAUGUAUUCAGCAGACAGUAAUUGAUUUACUAGAGAAAGGUUACGAGGUCCAUGUUGUUGCGGAUGCCUGCUCCUCAAGAACACAGAUGGAUAGGAAAUUUGCUUUUGAGGUUUGUUUUGAAAUUAUAGAUACCCACGAGAUAAUAAAAUUUAACCUCACUUGUAGUAAUUUGAAUAGGUUACAACUUUUCAUUUUUGUUUGGGGGGGGGGGGGGGGGGGCUCACUUAAACCAAAGAAUCUGUGGGGAUCCGGGUUAUAGUAGGUCUUCAUUACCCCUUGUUUGUUGUAAGACGCAAUUAAAUGGGGCGUUCCUUUGGAUGAGACCGCAAUUUAAACCAAGGCUCCGUGUCACAGCAGAUGAGACAUGCUAAAUACCCCUCUCUACUCAAAGGCUGUAAGCACCAAGCAUAGGUGUAAAGUUUGCAGCCCUUCACCGGCAAUGUUGACGUCUCCAUAUGAGUGAAAUUUUUUCGAGCGGAAUGUUAAGCAAUACACAACAAUCCAACUUAACCCAAAUGUUAAAGUUAGUUUUGACAUAGCUGUCUCCAUCUUUGUAAGUGGGAUGCACAAUACAAUGCAAUACUAAGACUUAUAUAAUGCCCUAAUCAAUUAAAAAUCUCUAAAGAGCUUUACAUAAAAAGCAUACAAUUCAAAGUAAAAACAACAUUGUCGUACAUAAAAAAAAUGAUUGUACUUGCAUAUGAUUGUAAUACACUAAGAGUCUUUGUAAUUUAUGCAGUACUGAAAAUGAAACAUGUGACAUUUUCAACAUCUUCUCAAGAACAACUGUGACAAUUUCAAUGAAACUUUGCAGAAAGUGCCAUUAGUCAACAGGAUUUAAGUUCCUUUAGAUGAAGGGUUACUCCCUUUGAAGAGGAGGUAAUUAAAGGGUUGAUAUAAAUAGGGAGGUGCAUAUCAUCAAAACCAUAAAGCCAUGUGUAUGAAACUUACUUUAUAGACUCAAGUUUUCUUUUUAAACACAUGACCACUUUUUCCAGGCUAGAUCCACGAUAGAGAUUUUCAGGAGAGAAGACUGAGGAUAUGCAUGUUUAUCUUUAUAAAACUUAUGAAAAGAGCAAGGCUAUAAAACUGACAAAUUUUACUUUUAGCACUUUUCGCAUUUUUUUUUUUUAUUAAAAAGUAUUUUUGUUUUUCAUAAAAUAUUGUAUAGUCUGUACCACAGGCACUUUUAUUACUUUGGGCCUAAUUACUAUAUAUAAGAGUACUUUUAUAUAUAGUAAUUAGGCCCCAAGCAAUAUAAGUGGCUGUAGUUUGUACAUGUAUAUUCUAUGUAGAAAUCCUUGUUUGUUGCAAUAUCAGCAGAAGCAGCAGUUUUAUAAAGGUUUGUGUUUCUAGAUAUAGCUCACUAAAACAUGGACCAGGACGUGCUAUGAUUAAUGUGUAGUUGUAAGGAAACAUCUGUUUUAAAAGUCAAUAAAAGGGAGUUAUACAUUAAAAGCAUCAUUGACAGCAUUAAACAGUGGUAAAAGUUCAUUCUUGUCAAAUAAACAACAACCUGACACUCUGCUGAGGACCAAAAUAAUUUGUAGAGUUAUUUCCAUAAUAAUGAUUGUACCAGUAAAUAUAUAUUAAUGUGCUAUGUAAUGUUUCUUGGGUUAGAAUGAAGUAGUAGGGAAAUUUAGAAACAAAUACAUAUUUGAAUUAUGAAAUGUGAUCCUUGGCCUCAGAUCAUAUUAAAUUAACCUUGUAUGUUGUUCUAGACAUGGUCAUAUCAAACCAAUUUAUAGUCAGUGGACAGGGGUACUAGCAUGCUUGUAAUAAAAAUAGCGUCUCUCAAACGUUUUGGUUUAGCACUUAAACAUUGAAUGAAUGUGUUUGAAUGCUUGGUGCUAUAUUUUCAGAGAUUUAGACAGUCUGGAGCCAUUGUGACAACAAGUGAUGCCAUUUUAUUACAGUUGGUCGGUGAUAAAGAACAUCAGCAUUUCAAAGCUAUUCAAAACCUAAUCCGGAAGACGGCCCCAGAUUCCGGUCUUUAGGUAGUCUGAAUAAAAUGGUGUCAUGAACUUGAUGUACUCAAUUUUCAUUCAUAACUAUGUAUUUUCUUCAUACAAAGUGUGCAAUUUAUGACUUUAAUCCAUCAGUAAAACUGACAUGUAGUUCACGUUUGUGAGGGAAUAAAUUCAGAAUACAGGGGCA